UUAAAUAGAGAUUGAAAGUUGCGACACAUUUAAAGGAAAAUUUAUAGAUUUUGGGUAUAAUUACUGGGGAAAUAGGAGGUUUUAAUAGACAAAAUUAAAUUUGGGCAUGGAAAUUGAGCAAUUUGGGGUUGGAAGGGUUGUAACGAGGGGAAAUCAUGAUGAGUCGGUCUAUAUGGUAGAUGAAGAGGCCAAUGAGGGUUCUUAUGGCUUUAAACAGCCUAGGCUAAAGCUUUCAUGGCAUAAUGUUUCUUAUACAGUGAAAGCCAGAUAUACCAAUGAGGAGAAGAAAAAGUUAGAUAUAAAUGAGAAGUUAGCCAAUUUGUGAACGAUUUAGGUAUUAUAACAAGCAAAUAAUUAAAUAACGCUACAGGAUAUUGUGAACAAGGAGAUGCAUUGUUCAUAAUGGGGUCAUCCGGAGCUGGAAAAACAACUUUGUUAAAUAUCUUAUCAGACCAGAUUUCCAAAGCUAAAUCGUCAAAGUUCGAGGGGGAGGUCCUUAUUAAUGAUGAGAUUCAUGUAACAAGUGAGAAUUUUGGAACAUAUGCUUGAUAUGUCACUCAAGAUGACUACUUAUUUGAGUCUUUCACUUGUCAGCAGUGUAUUGAAUUUGCUGCUAAGCUGAAACUCAAUCUUUCAAAAGAAGAAAUUGAUGAGAAAGUAGAAGAAAUCAUCGAAAGCUUAAGUCUCCAAAAAUGAAGGAACACUAUUGUUGGUAAUGAGUAUAACAAAGGAAUGAGCGGAGGAGAGAAAAAGAGAACUUCCAUUGCAGUAGAGAUGAUUACUGACCCACAAAUCUUAUUUUUAGACGAGCCUACUUCAGGUCUUGAUAGCUUCACAGCUCAUAAAAUUGUAUCUUUGUUGGUCAGCUUUGCUGAGCAAGGAAAGACGGUGGUCUCGACUAUUCAUCAACCAAGCUCUGAAACAUUCCAAAUGUUUCCAAAGCUUUUGCUCUUGAUGGAGGGAAAUACCAUCUUUCAUGGCAGAACACUGGAGAGUGUUCCAUAUUUUAGAAAUAUUGGGUUUAGUGUGCCUGAAUUUUCAAAUCCUUCUGAUUACUAUCUCAGAGAGUUUUAUGUCUCUUUCAAAGAUAGAGAUAAAGGAGAGAAGCUUGACACUCUUACCUCUUCUUAUCAGAGGGAGAUCCUGCCUGUGAUACACAGUGAAAUGGAAGCAGCUGAGUUUGAUCAUGUGACUCAGAAGGAUCUGAUUAAGAAUAUGCAUAAGGUCUCAUGGAUCUAUGAAUUUUGGAUUCUUCUAUGCAGAGCUUUUUAUGAUCUCUUCAAAAACCCGUGGAUCUUUAAGUACAAAACUAUCCCAGUAAUAGCAGUUGCUAUCUCAUGAAUGGUGAUAUUUGCAGAUCCUGGUGAGGAUAGUGAAGGAAUCAGAGGCACUCUGGGCUCCUUCCUCUUCAUUUCAGCUCUCUUUGUAUACCUUCCUUCUGGAACAGUCCUGAUGGUAUUCUCAAAAGAAAGACCAAUUGUCUUAAAAGAGUGCUUAAAUAAGACGUAUGGGAUUCUUUCAUAUAGUUUAUCAAAAUCAGUGGUUGAGAUUCCUUUUGAGACAAUGUACGUCCUCUUCUUUUCUUUGGUGGUCUACUUUAUGAUGGGACUAGAAGCAUCUUUUGAGAAAUUUCUGAUCUUUGUGCUGUCUCUAUCACUAAACACAUUGUGUGCAAUGUCACUUGGGCUGUUCUUAGGCUCAGCGAUCACUAAUGAGGCUUCUUCUAUGACCCUACAAGGAUUGUGAAUCACCCCAAUUUUGUUGCUAUCAGGAAUCCCAGUAAAUCUAGGUUCUGUAGAUCCAUGGAUAUCAUGGUUCUCGUAUCUUUCCCCAAUAAGAUAUAAUCUAGAGAUCUUUGUUCGAAACGAGUUCGAAGGAAAAGCAAUUUCAUCAGAGAAUCCAAUAGAUAUCCUUCAGUAUGACACAAGUAUUGGAUUCAGUUUUUGCAUGCUCCUUUUGAUUACAGUUGUGUACAGAAUUUUGGCUAUAAUAUUUUUGAAAAUAACAACUGUGAGGUAA